AUGGCUGUUUUUAGAGGCUUCAUGUCAAAGGCCAUGCUCCAAAUUCCCAUGUUGAAGACCAUACAAUGGAAAUUUAUGAUCGUAAGAUGUGCUCCUGGAUCCAGAAGGCCAGGUAUUACUACAGGUCCUCCUCCACAAAUCAAUAGAACCCCUCAAACGAAUGCGGUGACGGAUGAGGACAGGCCAGUUAUUACCACAGGCCCCCCUCCACAAAUCAAUCAAGUACCUCAAAAGAACGGUGCGACAACGGAUGAGGAGGAGCAGAAUGGUGCCAAUGGCUCAAAUCGAAAACCGAUUCCAGCACAAGUUGUGAAGAACCUCUGA